UGACUCUCUUAAUUUCUCCCUGCCCCAUUAUUCUUUGACAUUUUGAAUUCUGUUUUCCCCUUUCUAGACGCCUUCCUUUGUUUUCUUCUGAUUAUUCUUCGCUUUUCACCACUCAACUUCAUGUUUUAAUUCAUUUCUACUGCUUUGAACGAGUCCAUGAUCCAUUGAUUCCACUGUUUAUGAUGUUUAUCCCUUUGAAUUUCUUUUUCGUUUGCGCUUUUAGAUUACGGAUGUCUUUUUUGACACUUCAACACUUUUUGAAGUUUUAUCUCCGCAUCUUCAACCUCCUACUUUUGAGGAUUUGAAUAGUAAGAGUGGGACUGCUUGAUACUUCUGUUCUAGAUUCGUUCUUGAAUAAGAACACGAGGCAUUGGGUUGAGUUUUGAUUUGGGGGUGAAGGGUUUCUUUCAUUCUAGGAAACGAAGGGAUUUGUAUAUGUGAAAUUUAAUCUUGACUUGUUCUUGUUUGGUUUGCAAUAUGGGCUGUAUCUGUUCUAAGGUUCUAGCGGAUGAGUGUAGUGACCAGGAAUAUGAUAUCUCCAAAAGAGCUUAUUCCGCCAGAAAUCAUCUCUCUGAAUUGAAAAUUUCAGGAGCUGGCUCUCUGAAACUGGAGAAGAAUUGGGAAAAUGAUAGACUGGAUUGUGGUGAUGUUAAAGUUAUGUUGUUUGAUUCGAAGGUAAAUGGUGAAGUUCCUGAGAUCCCUGAUGCUACCAUUGUCAAUCAUCCAUGUAUGGCAAAGAUUCCAAAGGCUAUUGAGGCCGAGCAGGUCGCUGCCGGGUGGCCGAGUUGGCUGGCUAUGGCGGCUGGUGAGGCUAUCAAAGACUGGUUGCCAAAACGUGCAAAUAACUUCAUCAAGCUUGAGAAAAUUGGGCAGGGAACUUAUAGCAGCGUGUAUAAAGCUCGUGAUAUCGUUCGAGAUAAAGUUGUGGCGUUGAAAAGGGUCACGUUCGACAAUCAAGAUACCGAGAGUAUCAAGUUUAUGGCAAGGGAAAUCCUUGUUUUGCGAAGGCUUGAUCAUCCAAAUAUAGUUAAGUUGGAAGGUUUGAUCAUAUCACAAGCAUCAUGUACCAUGUAUCUUGUUUUUGAAUAUAUGGAACAUGAUCUUACUGGACUUGCAUCACGCCCUGGCACGUCGUUCACCGAACCACAGAUGAAGUGUUACAUGAAGCAACUUUUGAGUGGACUUAAUCACUGUCACAGCAAUGGGGUUUUGCAUCGAGACAUAAAGGGCUCGAAUCUUCUUAUCGACAACAAUGGCGUUUUGAAGAUAGCGGAUUUCGGGUUGUCAGUUUUCUUUGAUUCACAGUCGACAGUUCCCAUGACGAGUCGUGUAGUAACUCUCUGGUAUCGACCACCGGAGCUUUUACUCGGAGCAUCUCAAUAUGGAGCUGAAGUUGAUUUAUGGAGCGCUGGUUGCAUUCUAGGAGAGUUAUAUGCAGGCAAGCCUAUCUUGCCAGGAAAAACAGAGGUUGAACAACUACACAAGAUAUUUAAGCUAUGUGGUUCCCCCUCCAAGGAAUAUUGGAACAAUUCGCACUUGAAGCAUUCAGCAAGCAUGAAGCCUCCACAGGCGUACGAAAGAUGUCUUCGAGAACAAUAUAACGAUUUGCCUCGUGCUGCUGUUGAGCUUAUGGACACUUUGCUGUCUAUCGAUCCUGCAGGGCGAGGAACUGCGGCGUCUGCACUCAACAGUGAGUUCUUUACCACAAGGCCUUUACCAUGCGAUCCUUCAAGUUUGCCAAAAUAUCCUCCCAGCAAAGAGAUCGACUCGAAAAUGCGCGAAGAGGAAGCAAGGAGGCAACGAGUAGUAUUCGGUGGAAAAAACCGAACAAUUGACUCGGAAACGAAAGGACUGAAGCAAUCAUGGGUAGUUCCUUCAGCUAAGGCGAACGCUGAGUUGGUUAUGUCACUAUUGAGAAAACAAAGUCGUUCGAGCUCGACGUGUUCUUACAGUUUGGUGUCCAAGAGAACCUCAAAUUCAGGACCUAUAACUCAGGGACCAAGAUUUCCAAACUCCAAAAGGGAGAAACAUAUUUCUAUGAUUCCGAGCGAGUAUCUAACGUCGUCUGGUUCUAUUGAAUUUGCUUCUUACAAACAUGUCGAAGAAGGAAAGCGAGCUCCAAAGCCAGAAUCGUCGAGUCAAGACAAAAGCUCUGCAGACGAGCUCAUCAAAAAGCUGCACAGAGACCAACUUGGCUCUUGUAAGUUGGAACAUUCGAAAGCGUCAGCUCUGAUAGUUAGCUAAAGUUCUCCAUUUGUUCACGAUGCCAUUUCACUUGAAAGCUCUCGGGUUCGUCAAACAUGGAAACAGGGAACACUUUUACUUUUCAGCAUCGUUUAGAGUCGAAAGCAAAAAUCAAAGUUUAUGUGAUGUAGAUAGGAAACUGAACCAUCGUGUUUAAGCUGGGGAAAGAUUUAGGUGUCGGGCUUCCUAGAAGAGAAGGAAAGAACAAAGAAACAGGAGGCGACAAUCAUUUUUGUUCAUUGAGCUAUGUAUAUAAAAUGCCAAUCUCGUCUUUGUAUGUAUAAUGUAUUAUAAAUUCAUUGUAAACAA